UGCCCAUCCAUUGGCUGGUGCGUAUAUAUAUCCCACAAUGCAUUGCUAUGACACUUCCUUUUUCCUUUCGGCCAUUUCCUCCCGUGUAGGGCAGUAGGCAGCCAUGGCUCCCAGCCGCAAUGGGAUGAUCCUCAAUCCUCAUUUCCACAAAGACUGGCAGAAAAGAGUGCGCACUUGGUUCAACCAGCCAGCCAGGAAACUCCGCAGGCGAAAGGCUCGUCAAGCUAAGGCUCGUCGCAUUGCUCCCCGUCCUGUAGCUGGACCAUUGAGGCCACAAGUCAGAUGUCCCACCAUUAGGUACCACACCAAGGUUCGUGCCGGACGUGGCUUCACACUUGAGGAACUUAAGGCAGCUGGUAUCCACAAAAAGACGGCACGCACCAUCGGCAUUGCUUUUGACCCUCGUCGUCGUAACAGAUCCACAGAGUCUCUUCAGGCUAAUGUGCAGCGCCUAAAGGAGUACCGGUCCAAGCUCAUCCUCUUCCCCAGGAAGGCUUCUGCCCCUAAAAAGGGUGACAGCACUGAGGAGGAACUGAAGAUGGCUACUCAACUCACUGGUCCAGUCAUGCCCAUCAAAACUGUGUACAAGAAUGAGAAGGCCCGGGUGAUUUCUGAGGAUGAGAAGAACUUCAAGGCUUUUGCUAGCUUGCGUAUGGCCCGCGCUAAUGCUCGUCUGUUUGGCAUCCGUGCCAAGAGAGCUAAAGAGGCAGCAGAACAGGACGUGGAGAAGAAAAAGUGAAAAUAGUUGCACAACUUUACAAAAUAAAGUGUCAAAAAGAUU